UUGCACAGUAUGUUUUCAAAAGGAAACGGAGGACUUGAUAGACCUGCCUUUCUGAAGACUUCAGAAUAAUUCUGUUCCAGGAAGCUGCACAAAGAGCAAGUUACACCGUGAUGAAAAACUUUUUGCAUACGUUUGUUAGCUUUUAACAAAUCGGAGUGUUAAGGUUUGGAAUAUUUUACACAUUUAUGUUUUGAUCGUUCUCUGAACUGACACAUAGCUAAACCCUGGAUUUCUUCAUUUACGGUCAACUCUUCAAGAAACUUUGCAUUUUUUUCCGAUUGCUUUCAUCACUACCAGCAGACAGAAGAGAGUAAAAUACUGUUUUAAGAAAUGACACGCAUGAACAACUUUUGCAGGUCAUCUGAAAUACCCGGAGUCCCAGAGCGUAUGCAAUAGGCCUUUUCAAGAUGUAUCAAAUAUCUCAUCUAAUGUCAACACCAACAGCAAGUAAAUGUUCUUCAGAGUCUGAUCAAGAAGAGCACGGGCAAAGAGUGUCCCCUGGACACAUUUGGCCAAGCUUUCUGGAUAAUGAAACGUCCUAUGAGUGUUGUUCAAUAAACCCCUUGACCGGCUCUUUCUUCACGUGUCGCCGGAGUCCUCGGCUUCUCGCUAAUGGCUAUUACAUUUUGACUGAAGACAGUUUUCUGGCAGAUGAAGAUGGCAACGUAACAUUGACUCCAUCGCAGACAAGUGUAACCUACAAGGAAAACUUAGUGAGGAUAUUCAGGAGAAGGAAGAAAAUCCGGGAUCGUUCUCUUGCUAGUCUGUUUAAUCUCAGUGCCUCGCAUUCAUGGCUCAACAGCACAGUCCUUAGUGAUAUGGAUUCUUCUCAUAUGGAAGAACCUUGGAUUGAUGGAUGUGGUAAACUAGAUACCAGUCAGAGCUGUAACUAUGCUGCCUCUCUUAUAGGUGACUCUGAAUUUUCUCUCAGCUACAAUUCCUGGAUGUCAGAAAGGCAAACUCCAGCAGCUAAGGAGCCCUCUCUCACUAAAGAUGAGACAUACAGUCAGUCAAGGAAACAGAUUUAUGAUUCCUCUUCCUGCUCCCAGUUUAUGGCAAAUGAGUUUGGAGAAACUUUGGAUUAUUCAAAAUCCAGUACAUUGAAAAAUGUGUUUUAUCAAAUAAUUAUGCUGUCCAUGUGUUUAAUCAUUUCCAUUUGUGCCAGAUGCUUCCUGGGAGGAGUCUUUGUCCAUCUGCUGACCUUUUUGCUGCUGAUCAUUUUAUUUUUCACUGAAGAUCUUGUUCGACGGCGUGCAGAACAUAACAACUGUGAAAUUUUUUCCCUGGAAGAAAUCACCUUGCAUCAACAGGAAAUAGAGAAAAUAGAAUACCUUGAUAAAUGGUGCAGAGACUUAAAAAUUCUCUAUCUUCAAAAUAAUUUAAUUCCAAAAAUUGAAAAUGUUAGCAAACUAAAGAAGCUUGAAUAUUUAAAUUUAGCUUUGAACAACAUUGAAAGAAUUGAAAAUUUGGAAGGAUGUGAAGAAUUGCAGAAACUUGACCUGACAGCAAAUUUCAUCGGAGAACUGUCCAGUAUUGAAGUCCUAAAACACAACAUGCAUCUUAAAGAACUCUUUCUGAUGGGGAACCCGUGCACUGAGUUUGAAGGAUACAGACAGUUUGUGGUAGCAACUCUUCAUCAGCUAAAAAAGUGCCUGGACAGUAAAGAAAUAGAACGUUCUGAAAGGAUUCAGGCAUUGCAGAACUAUGCUGAAAUAAAGAAGAAAAUCAGUGAGCAGGAACAGGCUUACUGCCUCAAAAGGGCCAGAGAAAAAGAAGAGGUUGUACAAAAAAUACAAGAGAGGCAGAAGAAAAAAAAAGACAAACCUAACCCUGGAUUUGAUCGACGCUGGUACACAGACAUUAACAACACCAUCCCAGACCCUUUACAGGACAAAGAAAACCAGCAGCACACAGAAGAAGAAAAUGAGUAUCGGCAAUGGGGAGCAGAUGAAGACAAUGAAGAGGACAGAGCAUUUUGGGAAGAGCCCACACUAUAUACUCCAGAGUCAAGAUUAGAAACUCACAGAUAUAUUGAAGAAAAGCGUAGAGCUAAAGAAGAUCUAAGGGGACACAAGAAGAAAGAAAAGCCACCUAGGACUUUGAUCACCACAGAAGGAAAAGUUCUGAAUAUAAAUGAACCAAAGCUUCAUUUCUCUUUGAAAGAUGAUGAAGAAAACAACCAAUUCAUCCUAGAUCUUGCUGUUUACAGGCAUAUGGACACUUCUCUUAUUGACGUUGAUGUUCAGCCAACUUAUAUCCGAGUUAUGGUGAAGGGCAAGCCAUUUCAACUUGUGCUUCCAGCAGAAGUGAAACCAGACAGUAGCUCUUCAAAGAGAUCACAAACAACUGGGCAUUUAGUUAUCAAUAUGCCAAAGGCUAAAGACAUAAUUAUGGCUAACCGAAAAGCACCCGCUUCAGCCAAACCUUCUGACAGCAACAAAUCGCAAACAAAUACAAGAAGAAGACAGCAAGUUGAGCAACUAGAAGUGGAUCCUAACAAAUACUCAUUCCCUGAUGUAGCAAACAUAGUCCAAGAAAAGGAGCGAACUGGACAAGGUCCCAUUAGGCUUCAACAACAAAAGGCAAUAGAGCCUGAGAAGAGUUUUACUGACUCAGUGGACGGCGAAGAUGUUCCUCCCUUAAUUUGAAAUGUAAUGAGAGGUUUUCACAAUCUGUAACCUGCAUUGCCUCUGAGUUAGCCUCAGCAGCUUUCUUGACUCACACAAUAGAGGAUCUACGUAUAUAAUAACCUUAUUGUCUACUGAAAUUAAAAAAUAUUAGUUAUUGCUAUCAGCUGUUUUUGUUAUACUUUUGCUGUACACUUCUGCCUCUUUCAAUUAGAAGAUUAAUACAUACCUUCUCUUUUUCUAAAUUGUCUGCUUGUGUCAUGACAGGGUUCCAAAGGCCUCUUCAAAACUGGGAUAUCUCACUGUGGUUGGCAGGAUAUAAACCAAUAGGAAGAUUGACUCACUACCCCAAAGACCUCACAGUCUAAUUAAAGAGAUAACAAAUGAGUAUGGCAACAGCAAUUAAUUAUCCUAUUACCUAGGAUGAACCACACAGGGCUGAAGUCCCCAGGCAUUUUCCAGUGCUUACCUUCUUAGGAAGGCAGCAGCAAAGAAAGCUCUUGUGUUGGGUGUGAUGCACUUGCACUGAUGUUCCUAUACUCUGGGACUGAGAAGGGGCCGAUGGGGCUAGCCCAUCCUUCCUGCAACAGUAAAUCUACCAACACAACAAACAGCUUUCAGAUUGUACAUCCAGCAAUAUCAUCAGCAGUGUGCAUGAGGAGUGCAAAGGUGCCAGUCCUUAGUGAUGCUGUGGGGAGGGGAAGAUCACAGCUGGAUAAUACACCCCAGAAGACUUGCCACUUCAGAACAGCUGGGCUAAGUCAGCUAGAUCUUUCCAGUGCCCUGGGUGCUGGUCUCUUUUGUCUUUCCUGGGCUUCCAGCAACUGCAGGAUUCAUUGAAAUUGUCAGUGUCUAAUUUGCAGCUCCUCUUAUAUGUAGGGGUGAAGACAAUUUGGGGCAGCAGAGCUUGGAGCUAGAGGGACUUGUUCCUACCCUGCCCUUCCACUGUUCUAAGAACUGCAGGAGACUCCUGAUUCGCUUUAUUCCCAAACCCCUGGAUUGCACCCAGUAAGUUGGAAUGGGCUUCUUCAAAGAGUAAUGUAUUCACUAUACUGUAUCAUAGUGAAACCAGCUACUGUAACUUGACACAGCAAAUUUGUGAAUGCCUCUUUCGCUUUUUAGUUUAGGCUGGGGCAGGCAAAAUGCGGCCUGCGGGCCGGAUGUGGCCUGCCAAGCCAUUCUAUCUGAUC